AUGGAUGGACCAGCCGGUAGUGGCAAAACUGUUACAUAUAAAUAUUUGAUUGCUGAAAUGAGCAGUAGGGGUGUUAAAUCUGCUACAGCUGCAUGGACUGGCAUGGCAGCAAAUCUUCUUACAAAUGGAUCUACGCUGCACGGGUUAUUUAAACUUCCUGUCCCAAUACUGGAUAACAGCACAUGUAAUGUGACUCCUAACUCUAUUCAGGGACAAUUUUUAAGGCAAGUUAGUUUGUUUAUGCUUGACGAGACACCCAUUAUUCCCAAACACGCUUUAAAUGCAAUCCAUUGGUUGUUAAAAGAUGUUAGCAACAACAACUUUCCAUUUGGAGGUCAAGUCAUUCUUUUUGGUGGUGACUUUAGGCAAUUUUUGCCUGUUGUGAAAAGAGGGAGACAAGCUGAAGUUGUAGAAUCAUGUAUAAAAUGCUCUUUACAGUGGCAAUGA